AUGCAUACAUCAUCAUCCGUUCUAAAAUCACUUUUUUAUCUUCUCAAAGCUUCUCAUUCACGUAGUACAGUGAUCAUAACAGUAGCAACAUUACUAUCAUGUAUUAUUGUAUUUACAAUGGCUGGUCAAACAAAUUCUAUGGCUUUACAAGCAUUUUGUUCUCUAUGUAUAUUUGAUUUAUUAUUUAUUGGUACAGCUCUUCUCUCAGCAUGGAAUAUUGAAAAUCGUAAUACAAAAGUUCGUCAAAAAAUUCAACCAACAGCUAAUACUAGUUCAACAGCAUUAUUUAUUCCAACUCAAACAGUUGCAACAUUUUCAUAUGGUACAGCACGUUUCGAAGUCUUAGCUGUAUUUACAUCAACAAUGCUUUCUAUACUUGGAGCAUUUUUUAUUCUUAAAGAAUCUAUUGAGAAAUUUCUUGAAAAUGAACCAAUACAUAUUGGAUAUUUAAUGCCAGCAUCAUUAAUAACAUUUUUUAUGCAUCUUAUUGUUAUUUAUCUUGUACCAAAUCAACCAUUUGAUCAUGUUAUAGCAGCUAGUUCAUCAAGUUGGUUACAAGAACAUGUUAGUGAUAUGUUUCAAAAUUUAUGUCAUUAUAUACCAGGUUUAAGUCGUCUUCUUUUACCACGUAUUAAUCCAUUGGCAUUACUCUGUUGGUGUGGUUUAGCAAUUAUUUUUUCUGAUUCAUUUCUUUUAACAAUGGGUUAUGGACAUUUUGUUGAUACAUUAUCAUCAUUACUUAUGGCUUUUAUGACAUUUGGAACAAUGGUACCAAUAGCAAUAUAUAGUGGUAAAAUUUUAUUACAAACAACACCAGCACCUAUGAUUGGUCAAUUAGAUAAAUGUUUACAUGAAGCAUCAAGACUUGAUGGAGUUUUAGAAUUUCGACAUGAACAUUUUUGGGCUUUAUCAUUUGGUACACUUGUUGGUUCAUUGCAUGUUCGUUGUCGACGUGAUGCUGAUGAACAAUUAGUUCUUGCACAUGUAUGGAACAAAUUAGCUAAUGUGGUUCAAAUAUUAACUAUUCAUAUUUUUAAAGAUGACUGGCUUCGUCGGCAGACUCAUACAUUUAUGCAACCACAAACCACCAGUAGUAAUCAGAAUUCAUCUAAUAUUCCUCCAUCAUCAGCAUAUAAUGGUUUUGUCGUUGUUACGUAG